AUGUGUUGUCUGACUUCUGCAUUUAAUUGCACCAAUUCGCCAUCUCUUCGCCUCAACUGCGAGACUAUUCAACCGCGUCAAUGCGUAUCCCCGGUCUGGCGAGAAGUCAUCGCUCAAGAUUGUCCCACUUCAUGCGGAUUCUGCGACUACUUCUCCCCACCAAAAGUCACAGUUGAUCCGAAUGUCCCUUGCUUAAACCCGGAUAAGACUGAUGCUUGUGCGACAUGGGCUGCUCUAGGAUUCUGUACAAGCGAGUUGUUCACAUAUGCUCAGAAGAAAGAAUAUUGUUCUAAUACUUGUAAAAUUUGUUGA